UAAAAGUUAGAGAAAGUAUUCCACAUAUUGUAGUCUAUGAGAUAAAUAGUGAGUGUAAAUAAUAUUGUAGUGAUGUGUUUUUAGAUAAAGAAUGUUAUUUCUUUCAAAAUUUGUAGUAGUCUCUUGACACUACUAAGUUGUAAUAUUAUAGUGAUUAUAUUAUCCCGCUCGGGUAUUAUAUUUUACCUCAUUAAAAAAGUUGAUAUUGUUGUUACUCUCUUGUUUUAUUAUUAUUUGACAUGAAUAUUAUUUCUGGCGGAGAUUAUUAUUUUUCUCAACAAAAAGCUCUACUCGAGAUUGCACUGUCUUAACUUCAAACUAAUUAAAAUAAUGUGUUUCUUUUGACUAUAGAUCCACAAAGAACCAUUAUAUUUAUGAGUACUAGUUUGACUUUGACUAACUUAUCUGCUCGAGAAACUUAACCUUCUUGAAACUACAGAAAAAUAUGUCUGGCACUGAAGAUUCACAAGCUGAACUGACAAUGGAUUAUGAUCGAUUGAAGGAGAUAAACGAUUUCGAUGAUACAAAAGCUGGUGUUAAGGGAGUAGUUGAUUCUGGAAUUUUGAACAUACCAAGAAUGUUCAUUAGGCCUACUCAAGAACUUGUUGAAGAGUUAAAUCAGUGUAAGUCAACUCUAAAGAUUCCAGUGGUAGAUCUCAGUGGCAUAGAAGUUGAAGAUCGACGUAAGAAGAUUGUUGAUGAAAUAAGAGAAGCAUCAGAAAAAUGGGGAUUUUUCCAACUGAUAAAUCAUGGUGUUCCUUCAAGUGUUUUGGAAGGAAUGAUUGAUGGGAUUUGUAAAUUUCAUGAACAAGAUGUUGAGUUAAAGAAAGAGUACUAUACGCGUGAUCAUACGAGAAGAGUUAGAUAUGAGAGCAAUUACGAUCUUUACCAAUCAAAGACAGCAAACUGGAGGGAUACAUUGAACAUUUCUAUGCUAGUUUCUAGUAAUAUUGAACCUGAAGAAAUACCAGCAGUUUGCAGGAGCACAUCUAUUGAGUAUAUAAAUCAUAUCACAAGGUUAGGAGAAACUCUAUUCAGCAUACUAUCUGAAGCACUCGGGCUAAAAUCAGACCACUUGAAAACCAUGGAAUGCGCGAAAGGGAAAACAUUGGCAUGCCAUUACUACCCGGCAUGUCCACAGCCAGAGCUAACUCUUGGUGCUUCUAAACAUACAGAUACUGCUUUCCUUACCAUUCUUCUUCAAGAUCAAAUCGGUGGUCUUCAAGUCCUGCACGAUAACCAAUGGAUCAAUGUUGAGCCAAUUUCACAAGGCUUGGCUGUUAAUAUUGGCGAGAGUCUUCAGAUUUUAUCCAAUGACAAGUUUGUGAGCGUGAAUCAUAGAGUUAUAGCGAAUAAUGUAGGACCGAGGAUGUCAGUGGCGUGCUUUUUCACUGGUGUUUCUGCAACUCCAAAGAUCUAUAGUCCAAUCAAAGAGCUCAUAUCAGAAGAAAAUCCCCCUCUUUAUAAAGAAUUUACAGUAAGUGAUUAUAUGGCUAAGUUUAUGUCCAGGCCACUUGGUAAGUCUACUCUUGACCUUUUCAGACUGUAAAGAGAGACUAAGCGUUAGUUUGCCAAGCAGCAAAAAACAUCAGUAUAGUACUUCAGAACAUAUAUGAUUUUUGUUUUACAGGGAAAUUUCGAAUAGUUUGUGAUUUGCUCUAACAAAAUAUUUUAUCAAUGACUUCUGGAUUAGCUAAGAGCAUCUUUGUUAUUCCUGUUUUUAUCUUCAAAUGAGUAGGAUCAAUGUCAUGAAUACAAUCUCAUGUAUUGUUCGUUUUCGUUAUGUAUCUUGAUGUUACGCAACACAUCAACAUUUACA